CGCGCUACAGUUAGCCUCUGCUAGCUAGCAUUAACUCCUACGUAAUAGGCGGAAGCAUUUUAUUUUGAUAGGGUAAACGUGGAAGCAGCUCGCGGCACCGCCGUUGUUUUCUAUUUUGACAGCAGCCUUAAAGCGGUGGAGCAGCAGACCCAAACAUCAGACCGAUCUCAGCGCUGCACCGGUAUCUCUCCGCGUCUGGAUGGGUCAACUGACAUCGAAACACCCGCAAUCCCGGAGCUCGUGACACGGAAUGACGACUCGGUUUCCCGCCAACAGCCUGGACUCUACUUCCAUGUUCUGAUCUGAAUCCUGGGCUGGAUCUUCUGGAACAUUCAGUUAUCUCGAAUGUCCACCUUUUCCCCACCGCAACAUCCGCAGACCACAUCACCACGGAUCCCGUUCAGCAAGUUCCCGUUGAGAUGGCCCGAGCAGAAACCAUCGAGUCUGCCGGAGAAAAUGGAGGCGGACGAAACGGCCUGCUGUCUCUGCACAAUACCUGCCGCAUGGAGCUACCCCAACCAAUCCACAACCGACCAGGCCCGCGGACUGAACCCAGCGUCCACAGCAUCCCCGCCCACAGGGAACCACUACCGGGCCUCUACCUGCCAAACCAGCUGCCUUACACUCACCCAGAGGGCCACCAGCAGGCGUCGGCUUUAUCGCAGACGCCUUCCUGUCGUCUGGAAACCAGCCGGAGAACAGCUAGUAGUGAUUCACCGAGAGAACCAGAUUUGAGCAAAGAAGAGCACCAGGACGCCUCGAGGCGGCAGGGUCCUCUCCCCGACCUGCUUCCCCAGAACGAGCACUCGUCCUGGGACUCGCCGCCCCAGCUGCUGGGCGUCGGCGGAGAGGCGGCGCAGCAGCUGGACGUCAUCAGGGUGGCCAGCCAGCUCAGGAUGAUUGGGGACCAACUCAACGCCAUGAUCCUCCACAGAGCGCACAUCGCCCCCCAGUGGCAGGACUGGAGAGAGGUCUGCCGGGGAUUCCUGAACUUUAUCGCCCAGUCACUCAGCACUCUCUACCGGCUGACGUAGAGCUACGAUCCGGAUCUUUUCCUGCGUUCUGGGCCAAGACGUUCUGUUGCUAAAGGCUCGCCAGACUGUCAAUCGCCUCAUAGAUCAGAUCGGACUGUUAGAACCGGACCUUUCCAGUCAGUCAGCACCGCUACACACUGCAGCCGCUGGACUGGACGGAUGGACUUCCUGUUUAUUUUGUAAAAUAUAUAUAUAUUUUUUUGUUUUUGUUCUGUCUCGGGGGACCAGGUCUUGACGUGGGUCAAACUUUGGUUUUUGUGGUGCUGAGAACAUUCACACUGAAUAAACACAAAACUCUACUGAGUAUUUUCAUGUAAAUAUCUUAGCAUACUAACUUAAGACAAGAACAACUUACAAGUAACUUUUCUACAACAUAUAGGAACUUAUUUAAGUCAUUAGUUCCUCAAUAUUGAUUUAAAAAAAUGCUAGUUCUUCUCUCAAAUUAUUGACUUGUGUCAAGACCAGCGGAACUAGAGCUGGGUUGCUAAGUAACGGAGUAGGCCUGCCUGGGGUUGCUAAGUAACGGAGUAGGCCUGCCUGGGGUUGCUAGGUAACGGCGCAGUGCCUGUUGAUAGUGAAAUAAUCCGCUUGUGGAACAAGUACUUUUUCGGCAAUAUUAAGAAAUUACCGACUUAUAAAAAGUUUAUUUUAAGUUAAUUUGUCUUAUUUCAAUUUUACUAUGAUAUUUGCAGUAAAAGCUAGACUAAAAUACUUGGCAAGAUUUUGUGCUUUUGCAGUGUACCGGAGUAAUUUGUAGCACGAAGGACACAAAAACUUGAAGUAUUCAUUUUAAUAAGUUAUUCUUUAACAAAGGUUGAAAUCUCAGAAUAAACCACUUUAUUUACAAAAAGAUAUUCUUCAACCACAUGUUUAAAACACAAAAUCUUAUCAAGUAUUUUUUAUUUUUGUUCUACUUUCUUGUGAAAAUAUCCUAGCACUCAAAACUAACUUACAAGUAACUUUUUAGCCAGAUGUAGGAGCUUGUUUUAAGUUAAUAAUUCUUUAAUACUGAUUUUAAAAAAUACAAGCUCCAUCAGCAGAUUUUCAUUUAUAACAUGGGAAAAAUAUUUUGUCAUAAGUGAAACUAGAACCUUUCAUUGACUUAAAAUAAGCUCCUAUAUCUUGCUGAAAAGUUACUAGUAAGUUAGUUUUGUCUUAUUAUAUUUGCACUAGAAACUUGGUAAUAUUUUGUGUUUUUGCAGUGCAGCUGUGAAAUCAGCCUUCACAAGCAUUAAAUUUCCCUUUAACUACACCGUUUUUCACUCUGCAACCCAUGUUCCCAUUUUAAAAAUCAAAGAAACUGUGAAAGUGGACGCUGAGGUUGCAUUUGCAGGGAAUGUUUGGGUGCAAAUCCACUUUGGGGCGAAGCACGGACCUGCUUCUCUUCGCCACUUCGACGUGCCUUCCUGCCUCCAGGUUCACCUGCAACACGACGACAAUCAGCGUCGUUUUGAGUCACAGAACCUGAGAGCGAUUUGCAUUAAAUUAAAAUGUCCCUCAGUUCUGACUGGCAGGUUGUUUACAGUGUUCAUGCAAUUUACUGUAAAUAGUUUAUUUUGAAGAUGAAUUUAAGUUAUCCAAGAAGCAGAUGGAAUUUAAGAUGACUUGUUUUGUUGUUUUUCUUAUUCCCAAGUGGAUUUGAGAAGGUAUUUAACGAGCAGCUGGAAGAAAAUUUGAAUUCUUGUAAACAUGACCCCACUUUUUUUCUUUUUUCUACUGUGUUAUUAUUUUUGAUUGAAGCAGAAGAGAAAACGUGUAAUUUAUUUUGGAAAAAUCUGUAGCAUUUUUAUUUGUUUUCUAUGAUGAUGUAUUUAUUUUUCUACCAACUGAGACUCAAAAGGUUUGAGCUGCUGUCGCACACACUGGCGAUGGAGAAAUCACUUUCAGAUUUGGAAAAUUAGUUGCACAAAAAUAAAACGAUAGAGAAAAAGCUUUGACAUUGGGAUGUUCCAGCUUUGAAAGGUACUGAAAAAGAAAAAGAGGUAGAAAUCAGGCGUCGCAGCUUUAAGAAUGACUGAAAACAAAUCAGGUUUUGCUGUAAAUUGGACUUUCCGGUUCUGAACGGGUUAAAAGGUUUCAUGUAUGUACUGUAGCAUACUCCACGUAGAGGGUUCACGUUUACUGGAAUAUUUAAACUUUUAAUUCAGGAAUAUCCACCGUUUCUCACUCAUUUGUUGGGUUUUUUUAGAUGUGGACCAAGCCUGCUCUUUUCCUGAAAUCAGAUUUCAUCAUUAGAGAGGAAAAGAAGAAAAUGAGCACUUCUUGAUUUGAUACCGUUUAUCCAACAGUUGAACAAACAAAGUUGUAUUUUGCCGUUUUUCAGCUUUUUUCUAUUGUAAAAUUUCUACAUGGAUUUUGUACUUUUUCUUUUUUAUACAAUAAAGAUAAGAAUUUAAAAAAAAAA